GGAAAUCGAUUAACACUAUAAAAAUCCAAUAAGAUUUUGUUCAGAAACUGUUUAGACUUCAGAAGAAAAAAGUUUUAUUUUUCAAAUGAAAACUCUUAGCUAAGUCCUUUGACAAAUAUCAAUUUGUCAUCUUACGUAGUAUUUGUAUUCUCUUUGGUCAAUUCAAUCACUUUUCUUAACUACUAUUUACACACUUUUUGUAAUUUUUAACAAUUUACAAAAUAUUUUAAUAUCAAUGGCUAGAUAUGACCGCGCAAUCACAGUGUUCUCACCAGACGGCCAACUCCUCCAAGUGCAGUACGCCCAGGAAGCCGUCCGCAAGGGAUCCGCCGUGGUCGGCAUACGAGGUCCUGACGUCAUAGUCCUCGCUGUGGAGAGACGGACUGUGCCGAAACUACAGGAGGAGAGGACAGAAAAGAAGAUCGUCGCUUUGGACGAGCACAUGAUCCUCGCGUUUGCUGGGUUGAGAGCUGAUGCUAGAGUUUUGAUUACCAGAGCUCAAACAGAAUGCCAGUCAUACCGCCUGACGGUUGAAGACCCGGCAUCAGUGGAGUACAUAUCACGAUACCUGGCCGAGAUGAAGCAGCAGUUCACACAGUGUAAUGGCCGGAGACCGUUUGGAAUAUCCUGCCUGAUAGGCGGCUUUGACUACGAUGGAAGACCCCAUCUGUUCCAGACUGAACCUUCUGGAAUUUAUUAUGAAUGGAAGGCAACAUCAACAGGCAGGGGAGAAAAAACAACCAGAGAGUUUCUAGAAAAGAAUUACAGCUUGCCCAAAGUUUCGAGCGACAGGGGAGCUGUGACGCUGGCCAUCAAAGCCUUGUUGGAAGUGUGUUCCGGACCUAGAAACUUCGAUGUGGGUAUACUGAAACGAAACAGAUCGUUCAAAUUACUCGAUCAAGACGUUCUGAAACCUAUGAUAGCAGAGAUUAUCAGAGAGAAAGAGAAUGCAGAAAAAUAGUUGUUUUUUAUUAUAUUAUCUAUUUAUUCAGGAAUUCUGUCCCAGUCAACUUUAGGGUGGUGCAGAGUUAGACGGAUUAAUAUUAUGUUAAUUAUUUGCUAUUAUAUUUUAUUUUUAAAUAUACAUUUUAAUUUAUCUUCGGUGUUAUAUUUAUUAGGUAUACCCAUAAGCUAUACAAAUACCUGACAACGUAGGUUUGAACAUGCGACAAUAA